AGAAAAAAAUAGCAAUGGCGGUGAAAUUUAGCAGGGCUCCUUGAAGUUUAGAUGUUUACUUGUUUUGACUCUGAAAAUGGAUCAGUUUGGAACCCUUGAGCUCGGGUGGGCCCAGGGAUAUAAUGGCUCCCCAGCAUUGUUUGUCAACAGGGACACUGUCUGCUUUAUCUGUGGGAACAACAUUAAAUUUGUAAAUACGAAAGACAAGAGGGAGUCAGUUUUAUCCAGUCCUGGGGAUGGAAUUGGAGCAUUUGCUGUGAACUCUUCCACCAGUAGCAUUGCUUUUGCUGAACUGAGAGUUAACCCCAAGCUUUUUAUCUAUACUUUCCCUGACUUUUCAAGACCACGAGCUGUUCUUGAAGGUGGUGCAAGAUUGACAUACUCCUGCAUUGCUUUUGCCAAUAAUAGCAGCAUCUUGGCAACACAUUCAGGGAUUCCAGAUUUUCAACUUACUGUCUGGAACUGGUGUGAGAAGAUAAAGCUAUGCUCAAUUGAUGUUGGAAGACAUUUGUGUACUGGACUGUCAUUCAACCCAACAAACUGGCGUCAGUUAUGUACUGUGUCAAGUGAUGUCCUGAUGCUGUGGAAUGUUGGCCAGCUCAAUACCAAGUAUUCACUAGUCUCAAGUUCUGUAAGACUGCCUCCAGCUGAUGGAAGUCUAGAUGAUGAUGAAUUUGAAGACUUGGGGCAGUCUGUUAGUCGUAUGAGCCAUCCAGAAGGAUAUAGAAUUACUAAAGCAGCCAUAGCUGGAUUAGUAGGAGAGAAUGCAAAGAGUUAUGAGCCAGGUGAGAAAAAGGAAAGAUGUGAGCCUGUCAACCAUUGUUGGACACCAGACAGUAAACUUUACUGUGGUUGUAAAGGAGGUCAGGUGAUCUGCAUUGACACAGAAAACAACCAAGUCACUAUGGUACUGAACCCAAAUACAAAGGGUUUGCAACAGGACAGAACAGAUACUCAGUCUUUAUUGAGGAAGACCACCAUGGAAGUUAUAGCAGAAAUGGCAGAAGGGAAAAGUGGAGAUCCUGAUAAUGACGAAAAGCCUAAGGGUAGUGAUUUGUCCCUGGAUGUUGGACCAGGUUCAGCAGAUUGUCUGGCUUUACAUAAGAAGGGACUGUAUAUUGCUGGGCAGAAUGGAGUAUUGAGAUGUUGGGACAUAAAAUCAACUGAGCUUAAAGUCUUGGAGCAGUUGGACAUUGGUUGUGCUGUGACAAGUCUUGACUGGUCACCAAACUAUCGCUCCUUAGCCCUUGGGAGUUCCAAGGGGUCUGUACAUCUCUAUGAUUCUGAAGGAUCUGUGGCAGAGCUGUUUAAUAUUCAUAAUGCUGAGUUUGUGGGUGUUGACUGUCUGGCAGGAGGAAGUCAGUACUGUGUGACUUGUAAAGCAGAUGGUUUGGUGCAAACAUGGGACAUUGAAACAAGCAAACUUUUGUCUAAAAUCCAUCUUGAGUGCCAGGCUUCAUGUAUACAGUGUAGUCCAUCCUCCAGCACAGUGGCCAUAGGUUCUCUUACUGGCCAUAUCUACUUUGUUGAGAUGACAAACAUUGAGCAGCCUCGUCUUAUUUACAGGAUCCACAUUCACCAUGGGCCAGUUUUGCAACUUUGUUAUGAUUGGAGUGGUCAGAUAUAUGUAACAGGCUCAAAUGAUGGACAUGUCUUCGUGUGUGAUGCAAGAGUCAGCAACAACUUCAAAGUGCUUGGGCGAUUAGACCUGGAAGGCACAGUGUGUUCAAUAACUACUCUGAAUGCUCGAGAAAAAGACAGCCAGGGACCAUGGAAGAUAGCUGUGGCCUACCGUACGAAUAGUGAUAAAACAUUUGCAACAAAGCUACUAGAAUUUGAAGUUACCAUGGAUUUUUUGAACGGGGCCAAGGAGGCCUUCUUGAACAAGACUCUUCUGUACAGAGAUGAAAUGGUGAAGAAAGUCGUUCAUCUGUUAGCAUCUCCUUGUUACAGUGUUGUGUUGACCAGUCCGCAGACCGCUUUGACAGUAGCACACGCAAGAAAAGAAAUAGUUAAACUUACAUUGGCCGCAGAGGGCAAGAGUGUUCCACCAGAUUCCAAGCUGCAGCCUUCAGGGUCAUACCAUGGUCAUGAGCUGCACGGAGGACGCGUUGUUCUGUCUCCACAUUUAAGAUGGCUCGCCAGCUGUUCACCUGAUGGAAAACUUCUCCUCAGAGCUGUUGGUGCAUUGGAUCGUACAUUGUGUGUUUCUGCACAUCAUUACAAAAGAGGCGGAGCGUCUCACGUCUGUUUUACCGGUGACUCACAACACGUGCUCAGUACAGGUGCUGACGGUGUGUUGGCCUGCUGGGUUUGGAACUUCACAUCAACAGGCAAAGGCAAGGCGACAGCAGCCAUAGAUGCUGCGCGUGCGCGCUCAUCACUGCUGACCACCAUGCGAAAGGACGAAGACAGUCUGGCGGCUGAACGAGGGGAAUACGUGCCCAGAUCUCUCUCGCCGGUCGAGAAAGCGAACACUGAGGCGAGCGAGAAACAACAGAAAGUUAUCAAAGAUGGUAUCUACACCACCCCCACCCCUACUCCCUCAGAAGAUGCAACCUGGCUUGAGAAAGCUGUCAGCGAGACCCAACGUGAAGAGGCCAAAAAAUUCGCUGAGAUAAAGCGGAAGUUACGUCAGGAGAUUCAAGAAUUACGUCACACCGUGCUGCAGAUGAUGGGUGACAACCAGCAAGCACCGGAAAUAGAAAAACUGGAUAGAUAUGAGUACAACUUGGAUGUCGAUCAGCGGCAGAAAUUAAUUUUAGAAGGGGAAGAGAAAAUUAAACAGGUCCGUGAGGAGAUAGAAUUGGCAAAUCUUGCCAAUCAGUACUUGCGCGAGAUAAUAAAAAAAGAAUGUUGGGACGCCAUGGUCGUCAAAGGACGUUCAGUGAACGCCUUUCACCUUCCUCUGUCUGUCUCCAACUACCCUAUGAAGGAGCGAACUAAAGCAGAACUGGAUGAAGUUCAGUAUGUCAUCAACCAGAGGAAAAUCGAGCAAGCUGAGUCCGCAGCCAGCAAGGAUGUAGUGUCUAGUCCGCCUUCGGCCAGAAAUACACCUCUUGUUGAUGACCGACAAGAGUUUGAAGACGAGGAUAUUCUGGCCGAGGAUGAAGGAGAGAGGUCUGGAGAUAACCCGGCCACAACCGGAAGUCGUGGUGCAGCUUAUGGCGGCGGCCAGGAGCUGUUUCAGAGUCAGUUCCAGCUCCACACGGUGCAGCAGAAACUCAACCAGAUUGUUUUGUUGCAGGAUGCUAUCCACAGAAUCAAAGUGGCAUUCAACAAGGAGUUCGACGAAAUCUUCAAACAGAAAGAGGCCGAAAUCAAAAGAGUCAAAGAAAGAAACGACAGGAUAAAGAAGAUCUUGGGUGAUCUUGAGAUUGAUGAGAAGGUUUUUGAGCCGGAGAUGAGUGUGGACGAAAAACCUGAGCUGCUGUUGGAAGUGAAGGAUGGUGAAGUGCCCUUUGAGAAGUACAUUAGUGAGGAGGAGAAGCUUAAGCUUGAAGAACAAGCAAAGAUUGAAGAAGAACGCCGCUUAGCGGAGAAAGGCGACAAUGCACGAGAGCGAGCCUUGAUGAUGAUGAUGCAGGGAAGACUGGAGGCGAAUAUAGAAGACGAGCUGAAAAAAGAUCUGGUCCCGCCAGAAUUCAUCACCAGCAAACCACAAGAGGAAUGGAGCGAAGAGGAGCAGAAGGCGGCCAAGGAAUUCGAGAAGAAGAAACAACAGCUUCAAGAGGAUCGAGAGAAGUACCGGAAAUCACUGGAGACUGAGCUAAAGAAGUUACAGAGCGGAAUCACUGAUGCCACAGCCUCGUUUGACGAAAAACUUAGUCAGCUAUUUCAGAGGAAAGUCAAAACAGAAAUGGUUAUUUACCAGGAAGAGCUUAAAAUUAUGCGACUGAUGGUCUCAGUGCUGACUGAAUCCGAGCUGGAGUAUCAGGAAAACGAGCUGACCCGGCGGAUGAACGAAAAGAGGGAGAGGAAGACGCAAACUGCAGGUGCGCUGGCUGAAGCUAAGCGGGAGGUGGAUCAGUUCCGUGACUCAUACGAGAUUGUGUUGGCUGAAGACAAGGCGCUUGACAAGGCUUUCAAGAAAGAGUUUGCAGACCAAGACAUGCACACAGUAGAACAGUUGUAUAAACUGUUCAAACGAAGACCAAGAGGACAGAAACAACUUAAAGCUGCCACAGAAUCACACGGAGACCAUCCCGACGGAGGCAGUCCAUUCGGUCCCAGGCCUUCUUCCUCGCGUAGUAAUUCUGUCGCCAUAAGAAGCCUGGAGCGCGCAAUGGAUGAGCUAGAUGAUGAACAGCACAUGCCUGAAGGGGUGGAAUCUGCUGUCUGGCAACGACUGGUGCAAACUAGAAGAGAGAAAGUCGAAAGUGAACAGCAGGUCAAGGCCAAAGCGUUGAUAUUAGCAGAAAUGAAUGCCUUCUUGCAAAGGAGAACAGAAGACGAUGAAAAAGUCAACAGAGAGCUGGAGCACACUUUACAGGAACUACAGAGAUUGAGGGAUGAGAAAAUGAAGUUUCAUAUAAAUUUGGAAGUACAGCUGUUGCUAAAACAGGGACAGGUGGAGGUUACACCAGGCUCCUUUAUCACAGACUAUACAGACAGUGCUCUGAUUCAUCGCUCUGUUGUAGAGGACCUUAAUGCACAGAUUACGACUCUCGGGAAAGGAAAGAUUACUAUUAUGGAGGACAGCAAGGAGUUUAGGAAAGGAAUUCAUCGACUGGAGUGGGAGCACAAAAAGAUGGACAUGCAGUCGGAAGAUCUCCAGGCCAAGAUUCGUGACAUUCAGCUGCUGAGAGUCACCAAGGAACUCCAGCAGUUUCUAUCAGAGGGUGACCAACAAGCUAGGCAACAGCAGGAGAUCGAGACACUGGAGAAAACUUUGACACUACAAGAAAAGAUGCAUCAUCGUAAUGUAAAUGACCGCAGAGAAACAAUAAAGAAUAUCAAAAGAUUAAUACGUCGCAAGGAGAAAGACAAUGAACAGCUUGACGCGGACCUAGAGGAACUUGCUCUGUCCGUCGCUGAAAGGAGGAAUGUCAAUGAGGCAAAUGCUGCUGGCCGGAGUGACACUGGAAGUGAGCGCCGCCUGCAGGACAUAGUAGCAAGGCGAAAGCUAGUGGACCUCGCCAAAGCGCAAGCGCAGGAAGUUGCAGUGCUGCGGGCAGAAGUUGAACGACUACGCAUGCGUACUUUCCCAGCACUUGUACAAAUUGAACAUUAGGAUUUCGUUUGUGCUGUAAAUAUGAAACAAAGAUCUGAACGAGCAGUGAAUACUCGUUUAUUUGUUUGUAAUAUUUAAUUGAAUGUUCUUCCGUUUGGAAUAUCUUACAGAGCGGUUUUAUCUUUUCCGAGUGUUUUCUAUAAAAAUAAUCCUUUCGCUUGCGAAGUUUCAACUGAUGUAGUGACAAUGUAGGUUUGAGCAACCGUUGUAACGCAAUUUCAAAUGUAAAUAGAACUUCCAAGAAUGAAAAACUAAAAAAGUGUGUACUUAAUUUCUUUUUACCUGACUGUUGAAGUAGUCUUGAAUAUGGAAAAUGUAGAACACGAUUCAAAACUAGCGACCAUAAUUGCUUAAAUAGAGUUAUUGGACCGACUAUAUACACGAGAUCUACCCAAAAUCGCAGUUUUAUGCAAGCAGUGAAACUCAGGGAUACUCUAUAAGAGGGUUGAUAUAAUUAAAUAAAUGUCCUUCCAC